AUGUGGGGCUCGAAAAUUCUAGGGACACAUAUCUGGGAUCUCACAGUCGCAGAACUGCAGACAUUCAGCGCGAUUGUCUAUGUCAUAAACAUCAUUGGUGUGAUGACGCCUUCACUCGCCAAGACAGCUUUGCUGCUCUCCUAUCGAAAAUUAUGGCUCGUUGAAUGGUUCAAAGUAGUCACGGUUCUGAUUAUAGCAUUUAUCUUCAGCUACAGCUCGGCAGAGAUUCUAGCUUUUUCAUUCGCGUGCGAUCCCAUUAAGCAGGGCUGGGAUGUCCGUCUCACCACAGGACAUUGCGUCACCAAAGAUGCCCUAGCCAUUUGCACGGCUGCUUUCAGCGCGACGACGGACGUGCUAAUCUUCAUCCUACCCAUACCUAUGGUCUAUAAUCUCCGUCUACGACCCUAUCAGAAAGCCGGCAUGUUGUUAGUCUUUGGGAUUGGAUCUAUAACUUUGAUUGUCAGUGUGGUUUUUCUCUGCUUUUACAUUCCCUUGGUACGGAAUAAAACCAAAGAUCCCACUUGGGAUGUCUCCAGGAUAGCAGCCAUGGUGACAGUCGAAGCGAAUCUGGUAUUGAUAUGCGGUUGUUUUCCCGCGCUGAAACUCUUAAUCAGACGCCUCGCGCCCAGACAAUUUGGGACUGAGCGAUCUCGCAGAUCUGCUAGGGCUGGUGGUGGUGGAGGAGGAGGAGGAGGAGGAGGAGGUGCAAAUUUCAUCCCACCUUCGUGGGAAUCGGAGUUAUCUCAUGUCUCGACUGGGAAGACUGGUGAGAGCAAGGAGACGUCUGGGAGUGCAGCACCUGCAAAAAAUUCUGUAGCGGCGAGGGUGUUCGAUUUUGAUGGUGGAGGAAUAUGUAACUAUGACGGUGUUUCGGUCGAUGAGGCUGGCAAUGUAGUGCUGAGGCAGGUCAUUCCUGAUCCCUGA